UUGAACUUGACCUUUCACUUUAAAGGUCAUCGAGGUGCUAUUACUAAUUUAGGUAUGCCUUCACGUGACCUAAUUUUUGUAGUGUCAUCGUCCCUCGAUUGUACCUUAAUGAUAUGGAACAUUAAGCCGCAGACUCGUGCAUACAAACUUACCGGGCAUGACGAUGCUGUUUUAUGUGCAUGCUUUUCGUCGAGUGGUGAGAUUGUUGCUUCGACAAAAGGCGAGUCUGUGACAUUUCGAGCCCACACAGCAGCAGUAUGGUGGGUUGACGUGUCACCUGAUAACAAGUGCCUUUGUACUGCUUCAUCUGACAAGUCCGUUAAAGUGUGGAAUCCACGUGAAUUGGGUGCGGUGUUGCAAGUAAAUGCGCCUGCUUUUGAACGUAUUUUAAGGUUUUCCCCAGAUUCCCAGUUGAUUGCGUCAAGUUCAGAUGACAAAAAUAUUAGGCUAUGGGAUUGUCGCAAUCAGGAGUGUGUGUGUGCAUUCUCCGAAUCAGGUGGAUUUGCCAACCACAUUGAUUUUCACCCAAGUGGAACGUGUAUUGCCUCUGGCAGUUCAGCUUCCAUUGUUAAAAUAUGGGACCUCCGAAUGAAACGCCUGCUUCACUUCCACCCAACUGGUAAUUACCUUCUCUCAGCGUCCGAAGACUCUACCCUCAAAAUCUUUGACCUACUCGAAGGACGUCCCAUCUAUACCCUCAGUGGUCACAAAGGUGCAAUCACCGCGGCUGUGUUUUCUUCGUCAGGUGCUCAGUUCGUUUCUGGUGGAGCCGAUGAACAGGUGGGAUGUCGGGCAUCAUUAUCCACAUUUGUAUUUAGUGGUUGUUCAGUUCAGUAA